UCUAACCCCAUUUGUUCCGACAAAAAAAUAAAAUUCCAUCCUCCAUUGUUUUCCCUCUCACUUUCUCAUUGGAGGGAAAACAUCGAAAAAUUUCACCUUAUUUUCUACUAAACAAAUCUAGGGUUUUCUACUCUGUUCCGUCUUCACUCUUCAGCUCAUUUUCUCUGAAUAAUUCUCUGUUAAUUUUCGGUUGCUGCUUUUCUUCUCUUGAUUUGAUUUCUCUGGUUAGAAGAAAAGCCAGUUUGAAUGCUGCGAGCUUAAUCGCUUUUGGGUUUUGUAUAAGGGCCAGGGUAAGGGUUGGUGCUCUGGAACUUUAUUUGCUGCUUUGAUUACUCCCUCGAAAGUCAGCCAAGUCGUCCCACAUUCAUCUUGAAGUGUAGACAUGCAAACUAAGAAGAAAGCCUCCAGGCGAAAUGCUAGUAAAGAGUGCGGCAGUGUUAGGGUUUCAAGAGCACAGAAGAAUCUCUCUGAAAAUGGUCAAGUGGUUGAAAAGAAAGUCGCUAACUUAAUCACAUCAUCUGCUCGAAAGAAUAAAUCUUCUUCAGUUAGAAAACUUGAGAAUAAAGCUGGAAAGCCAACACCCUCAGCAGACUUGAAUAAUGGGCAUGACUUUAUGGACAAUGGCACUUCCAAUGCUUAUUUGGAAAAUGAUGCAGCUGAGGGUGCUUCUGUAGAUUUUUCGGUAAUUCAAGGUUGUACCAAGCAAGCUGUACCGCUGGAAUCUGGAACUAUAUUUUCUCCUGGGUUUCACUUAUCCAAAGGUUCUGGAGGAAAAGUUGACAGAGUUGAUUUUAUCAAAAUUUUUCAGAACGAGGAUCAAAAAAGCAUUUCUCCAGACCAUGAGAUAGAGUUACCACAGGAAGAUACUAUUGAUGGUCAUGUUAGUCAUUAUUCUGACUCUGCAAUGGAUAUAGACAUAGUCAAUUCAUCAAACUACUCCAAUACACAGAAAUGUGGUGAUCAUAUGCUUGCUCUAAGCACACAAAAUGUGAAUGGUUGUGAUUCUGAUUUUGAUGGAAAUAGUAUUUCCAUGGAAGUUUCUGCCGUAUAUCUUUCCAUGAAAAACUCAAAGCUGGAAUGUGUUGAUGAGCAUGGUCAGGAUUCCAUGACUUCUGAUAUCCCAGAGGAUGAUGAAUUUGAGGAAUUUGAGGACUUUGACCCUUACUUAUUCAUAAAGACCUUACCAGAGUUGUCAACAGUAGUUCCAACUUUUAGACGUUUGUUGCUACCUAAGCAGACAAGGAGUUGCCCUCCGAUUACUCUUGUCCUGGACUUGGAUGAAACUUUGGUGCAUUCUACACUAGAGCCUUGUGAGGAUGUGGACUUCACUUUUCCUGUUAAUUUUAACUCUGAGGAGCACAUUGUCUAUGUACGCUGCCGUCCUUACCUGAAAGAUUUCCUUGAGAGAGUUUCUGGUCUUUUUGAGAUUAUCAUAUUUACAGCCAGUCAAAGUAUUUAUGCUGAACAACUUCUAAAUAUUCUUGAUCCAAAGCGGAAGAUAUUUCGCCACCGUGUAUAUCGGGAAUCCUGUGUUUAUGUUGAGGGGAAUUACCUCAAAGAUUUAACAGUUCUUGGUCGUGAUUUGGCUCGUGUUAUGAUAAUUGACAACUCACCACAGGCAUUUGGGUUCCAGGUGGAUAACGGUAUACCGAUUGAGAGUUGGUUUGAUGAUCGUUCAGAUCAAGAAUUGCUUCUGUUACUUCCAUUCUUGGAGAGCUUAGUUGGAGUUGAUGAUGUCCGGCCUCUAAUUGCAAAGAAGUUCAACCUCAGGGAGAAAAUUGCUGCAGCUGUGCAUCCUCUAAAUGCAAAUGGAAGGCAUUUCUUAUCAGAAUGAAGUGUGGGUUAUACAAUGUUGAGGAACGGAGAGCACUUUUCUAUGUUACAACAUUCUUAGUUAUUAUCAGCAAUACCAUUCUCUUUGUUGUGGAAGUUUGUUAUGGAUAUGUAUUGAGCCAGAAAAAUGAAGGGGAGGCCACUGUUCGAUGACUCGUGUGAUGCUUGGCUGGUCACUGUUCUGGCAAUAAACAAUUAUCAAUUAUUUAAUUUAUAUAUCUAUAUUUAUAUUGUACGC